GCGCGGUUCAUGAUGAAGUUCCCCUGCGCUGCUCGCUGUAACGCACAGCGAGCAUGGCUAUAUUCUCGAAACCGCUCAACCUCAACGAACUAUUUCGACACCAGUCAUCGCGCCGACCAUUACUUGUUCUGCUCGCAACAGUUCUCAUUCUUCGGUCUAGACUGUUUAAAACCCUUCACAGACAAGUCAAGCUCGAGCACAUCGAAUGCUCUCGGUCUACCAACGCACAGUCAACGCGAACUUGCCAUUGAUGCUGUUCACUUUCCGCUUGUGAAUGCGAGUCCAGGGCUUGGUCUUCCAUUUGUGCAUCAACUCCGUUCGCUCCUGCGCAUAGUCCUUCCUUCGCUUUACACUCGUGAAGCGCUCCUGCUCACUGCUCACUCUACUUUCCUCGUUCUUCGUACAGUGCUGAGCAUAGCUGUCGCACGCCUAGACGGUCGCAUAGUAAGGGACUUGGUUAGUGCCGAUGGCAAGGGAUUCUUGACUGGCCUCGCUCUAUGGUUUGCACUCGCUAUACCAAGCAUAUACACAAAUUCCAUGAUCCGUCACCUUCAAUCUACACUCUCCCUCAGGUUCAGAACCCGCCUGACUCGAUACAUCCACGACCUCUACCUCUCCCCCGCCCCCCAUCUCCGCUACUACCGCGUUCCCCUCCAUGGCAUCGACCAAUACAUCACAGCAGACGUUGACGCUUGGGCAGAGAGCGUCUCUGGUAUAUAUGGCAAUCUCAUGAAACCCUCCCUGGACCUCCUUCUCUUCACCUCCCAACUCGCAAGGUCUCUCGGCUUCAGAGGCACCAUACUUCUUUUCAUCAAUUAUUACAUUACUGCUAAGAUCCUCCGCGCUGUGACACCUGCUUUUGGUCGUCUUGCAGCUGUAGAAGCCCGUCUGGAAGGUGAAUACAGAGCUGGUGUAGGACGCAUCGGGAGAGAGAGCGAAGAAGUCGCGUUCUACGACGGAGGCGCACGCGAACGAGAUAUCCUCACAAGAGCGUAUUUGCGAUUGAUCAAACAUGUGAAUUCAAUAUACAAAAUCCGUAUCGCAUACGAAUGGACAGAAGAUUUCGUCAUCAAAUACCUCUGGUCUGCAGCUGGGUACGGGUUGAUAGCUGUGCCGCUGCUUAUCACGAGGAAGCGCUCUCGUGAUGUGGGUGUCGUGGAUGGAGAGAGUGAGGGUAAGGGAAAGCGGGGACGAAAGCGGAAGAGCGACACGGAUGACAUCGUUGCUGCCAGGACAGAAACCUACAUCUCCAACCGCCGUCUCCUCCUCUCCCUCGCAGACGCAGGUGGGAGAUUGAUGUAUGCAUAUAAAGAUCUACAGGAGGUUGCUGGAUUGACUGGGCGAACGUGGAUAUAUGCAUUCCGGGGGAUCCCUUUGCCUCUCCCGACUCACCCUCACCCAUACCUUCUCGUUCCCCCCGCUACCACCUCCAAACUCAAAGCUCACGCUGAACCAAUCCCACUCCCACCCCCAUCCUCGGAUCCCGCCUCCUCAGAAACCCUCUCAGGGCCAGAUACCACCACUCUCGUCCGCGCACUCACCCUCACGCUCCGACCAGGUAUGCACCUCAUGAUCACGGGAUCAAAUGGCGUUGGGAAGACGGCUGUUGCGCGUGUUUUGGCGGGACUGUGGGCGCCUGGGAGUCGUUCGAUGCUCAGGGGCUCGAUGGACACUGAUGGCGCACUUACGCGUCCCAUAGACGACCCAGACGGCCGCCCAGGCGUAUUCGUCAUCCCACAACGUCCCUAUCACCCCUCAGGGUCCCUCCUAUCCCAAGUCAUAUACCCACAUUCCGUCUCCGAGUUCACAGCAUCCUUCGCAGCGCUGUCAGAGCUCGAAAGCUUACUGGAUGCUGCUCAUCUUGGGUAUUUGGUGAAUAGAGAGGGUGGGUGGGAUGCGAUUAAGGAGUGGAGGGAUGUGUUGAGUGGGGGGGAGAAGCAGAGGCUGGCAAUGGCUCGCCUUUUCUACCAUCGUCCCAAAUUCGCGAUUCUAGAUGAAUGCACAUCUGCCGUGAGCUCUGACGUCGAAGGCCAGAUGUACGAGCACGCAAAAUCAUUAGGUAUAACAUUAAUCACUGUCUCCUUGCGACCGUCCCUGACAAAGUACCACACACACAUAUUGACUCUUACGGGUGAUGGAACAGGGAGUUGGACGUUUAGCCGGAUUGCUACGCCUCGGACUGAGGAGGGGUCGACGGAGGGGCGUAGUGAGAGUGGGCUGGCGACACCGCCUAGUGAAAGCGAAUCAACCGCGGGGGGUGGCGAACGUGAACCAGCGGCAGCACGCACAGAAGACACGGGAGCCAAAUACCUCGCGCGCGUCCACGAAGAGAUACGUGUGCUAGAAGCACGGAUUGAGGAGUCGCAUGUGUGGGAGAAGAGGGUGAGGGAGCUUGGGGAGGAGUUGAAGGCGAAGUGAUGUGUUGGUUCCUUCUUAGGUUGAGUGUUUUUUGUGAGGGAGGGGCGCAAGAUAUUGU